AAAUUUCUCUACUAGUUCCCCUCUUUCCCCUUUCUCUCAUUCUUGAUGGUAGCCUAAUAUUUAUGUGUUCCUUGGUGUGUUCAUAUUUGUUGUAUGGGUAAACUUUAAUGUUUUUUUUUUGUUAAUCAGAAUACAAUCUAUUUAAAUUAUGUCCGGUGAUAAAUUAAUUGCUUCCACAUUUUCAAGGAAUGAAGCAUUAGGUUUAGUGUUUCGUUUAACAUUAUUUGGCGCUUUAACUUUUUAUGGUGUAAGAUGGUUAAUGAAAACACUUGAUCCUACUCGAAAACAGAAAGUUGAAGCUCAGAAACGGGCAGAAAGAAUAUUGGACAGAAUUGGGGUGAAAAAUGUCAAGCUCAGUGAAUAUGAACUAUCCAUUGCUGCACAAUUAGUUGAUCCUUCGACUAUAAAUAUAUCAUGGGAAGAUAUUGCUGGCUUAGAAGAUAUUAUUCAAGAAAUUAGAGAGACAGUUAUUCUUCCAAUUCAAAAACGUGAACUGUUUUCUGGAUCAAUGCUUAUCCAGCCUCCAAAAGGAGUGCUUUUGCAUGGACCCCCUGGUUGUGGGAAAACUAUGAUAGCUAAAGCCACAGCAAGGGAAGCAGGGGCUCGCUUCAUUAACUUAGAAGUGUCUGCUCUUACUGAUAAAUGGUAUGGUGAAAGCCAAAAGUUAGCUGCUGCUGUAUUUACACUGGCUAUUAAAAUCCAGCCAUGUAUCAUUUUUAUUGAUGAAAUUGACUCUUUUCUUCGGUCAAGAGACUCUUUCGAUCAUGAAGCUACAGCUAUGAUGAAGGCACAAUUCAUGAGUUUGUGGGAUGGUCUUAUUACUGAUCCAGACUGUCAAGUUGUUGUAAUGGGGGCAACUAAUCGACCACAAGAUGUAGACAAGGCAAUUCUGCGGAGAAUGCCUGCUAUGUUUCACAUUGGAUUCCCAAAUUCUCAUCAAAGAGCUGGAAUCUUGAAACUCAUUUUGGAAAAUGAACUUUAUUCAGAAGAUGUUGAUAUAAAAGAGAUUGGAAAAAUCACUGAGGGAUUUUCUGGAAGUGAUUUGAAAGAACUUUGCCGAAAUGCUGCUUUGUACAGAGUACGUGACUACUGCAAUGAAGAAAUAAGAAACAAAAGUCUUUUGGACAGUGGUGAUUCUGAAGUCUAUCACGAUGCUUUGAGACCCAUAUGUAUGGAAGAUUUCAAGAAUGCGUUUGAUAGAAUGGCAGAUUCUAAAUUGCAAGCUGGUGUUAUGAGGUUUAAGCAAAGACUUCCAGAGCUAGAUUAAAAUGAACUUAGCAUUUGAAAUUCCCAUUCCCGCUUUCAUUUGCUCAGCAUCCUCAUUUAGCUCCAAACGAAAGACAUUUUUGCAUACUUGUGAGUGUUGCAUUGUAUUAGUUGUAGUGGAUAUCUGUGAAAUGUGAAUGUAUAAGUUGAUUUCCAAUAAAUAUGUACAUUAUGUAAGAA